GAUACCCUACUCCGAACUACGUCACAUCAAGUAAACUAACAACGGAACUAUAAUAAAGUCCAUAGCUUUGUUGCUCUGUUUGUGCAUCUGGCAGCUAGAGAGAGAGAUGGGGAAAGAUGGAAGUAGAAGAGAAGAAACUAAUUUGAAUCUUUCAUUAUUUGAGUCAAAGGCAGCUAGAGGAAGAAAUAUUUACAAGUUAUUUGCUUCAACAGUGUUUGUGGGUAUUUGCUUGAUAUGGAUAUACAGAUUGAUUAAUAUGCCAAGAAGAGGUGAAUCUGGGAGAUGGGCAUGGAUAGGAAUGUUCUUAUCUGAGCUUGUCUUUGGUUUCUACUGGAUUAUCACUCAGUCUGCUCGUUUGGAUGUUAUAUAUCGUUUUCCUUUCAAGAACAGACUCUCCCUCAGAUACGAGGAGAAGUUGCCAGGUGUGGACAUAUUCGUUUGCACAGCAGAUCCUAUAAUGGAGCCUCCAACACUGGUGAUUAACACAAUAUUGUCAGUGAUGUCAUAUAAUUAUCCUCCACAAAAGUUAAGUGUUUACCUUUCAGAUGAUGGGGGUUCAGAAUAUACGUUUUAUGCUCUCCUUGAGGUCUCUCAAUUCUCAAAAUAUUGGAUUCCUUUCUGCAAGAAAUUCAAUGUGGAGCCCAGGUCUCCUGCUGCCUAUUUUAAAGACUCAUGCAGUUUAGACGAUAAAGUUUUUGCUCAAGAAUGGUUCAAUACCAAGAAAUUAUAUGAAGAGAUGAAAACCAGGAUUGAGGCCGCGAUAAAAAGUGGAAGCAUCCCCAGUGAAAUUAAGGCUCAGCACAAAGGGUUCUCGGAAUGGAACUCAAAAGUAACAAAGCAUGAUCAUCACUCAAUUGUUCAGAUUCUAAUAGAUGGAAGGAACCAUAACAUGGCUGACGUGGAUGGAAAUCCACUGCCAACACUUGUCUAUAUGUCACGAGAGAAAAAGCCAAAGUGGCCUCAUAACUUCAAGGCCGGAUCAAUGAACUCAUUGAUACGAGUUUCGUCACAAAUAAGCAAUGCGCCCAUCAUCCUUAACUUGGACUGCGACAUGUACUCAAACGAUCCAGAUGCAAUAAGAGAAUCACUGUGCUUCUUCAUGGACGAAAAGGAAGGGCACGAGAUAGCCUACGUUCAGUAUCCUCAGCGUUAUAAUAAUGCAACCAAAAAUGACAUUUAUGGAAAUGUGGCUCGAGUGACUCAUGAGAUUGAACUAGCUGGAUUAGGAGGUUAUGGAGCAGCUUUGUAUUGUGGCACAGGGUGUUUUCACAGAAGGGAAAGUCUCUGUGGCAGAAAAGUCUCUGAGGACUAUAGUGUUGAAUGGAAUAAUAAGGGAGAAAAAUGCACCUAUAAAACUGUGGAAGAACUAGAGGAAGCAUCAAAAGUUGUUGCAAACUGUAGCUAUGAAGAGGGGACUCAAUGGGGAAAACAGAUGGGGCUGAUGUAUGGGUGUCCUGUGGAAGAUAUAAUCACAGGAUUAACAAUCCAAUGCAGAGGAUGGAAAUCAGUGUACUAUAAUCCCAGUAAACCUGCCUUUUUGGGUGUAGCUCCAACAAUCUUAGACGUUGCUCUUGUUCAGCAUAAGAGGUGGUCAGAAGGCUUGUUCCAAAUUUUCAUAUCCAAAUACUGCCCCUUCAUAUAUGGCCAUGGAAAAAUCAAAUUGGCUGCCCAAAUGGGAUAUUGUAUUUACCUUCUCUGGGCUCCUGUUUCUGUUCCUACGCUGUUUUAUGUGUUGGUUCCUUCUCUAUGUCUGCUUCAUGGCGUCUCUCUAUUCCCAGAGGUGUCAAGCCUAUGGUUCUUGCCUUUUGCAUAUGUGCUUUUCACCUUGAAGUUUGUGUAUUCCUUGGCUGAAGCCAUGAGCUGCGGUGAUACACCCAAGUCAUGGUGGAACUUGCAAAGAAUGUGGAUGAUUCGACGGACAACUGCGUACUUCUUCGCAUUCAUAGAUUCAGUGAUUAAGCAAUUAGGCCUCUCUCAGACAGCAUUUGCGCUCACAACAAAGGUAGUAGACGACGAUGUCCGGAGAAGAUACGAGCAAGAGAUCAUGGAGUUUGGCAGUUGUUCUGCCAUGUUCACUAUCACAGCAACACUUGCAUUGGUUAACCUGAUUAGUUUCAUUUGGGGAAUCAAGAAACUUGCAUUAGAUGGAGUGGUAAAUACUGUGCCACAAGUUAUUCUAUGUGGAUUAAUAGUUCUAGUGAAUGUCCCAGUGUAUGAAGCACUGUUUUUCCGCAGCGACAAGGGAAGCUUCUCGUCCUCUGUUUUGGUACGAUCUGUCGUCCUAGUAUCAAUAGCAUAUCUGCUACCUAUUUUUUAGAUUAGUAGACUUAGGAUACGUGCUUUAUGGUGUGCUCGUACAAAUAUGUACAAAAAUUUAAAUGAUGUUAUUACUAUUUAACAAUAUAUUUAAGUUAUUAAAUAAUAAAAAAAUGUAAGUUUCCAAAAUAA